AUGCAGGAACUCAAACGAGCCCUCGGAUGGACACCAGCAACCGCAACAAACACAACAAAUACAACAACAACAACAACAACAAUGGCAGCAGCAGCAGCAGCUUCAGAUGCUUUUCUACUUCGCUGCUUAACAUCUGUGCAUUUCUCCGUAACGGAGGCAAUGGCUGUAUUAAAACAAAGACGUUCCUUUGAAGAGCGGUUAACUUCUGUACGCAUGACAGCCGUCGUCUUGGCACUUUUACGCAGUGGGACAAUUUCAAUCAUUGGUCGUGAUGUACUGGGAAGGCCAAUAUUAUAUAUAAGCACUCAACACUUUACACAAGCCCCUCUAGACGCUCAAGAUAUACAGCGUCUUGUUAUAGUAGUAAUGGAAUAUAUGUUGGCCUAUUGUAUGCAAAUGUCAGCAACUACACCAACUGGAGGAAAAGGUAGUAGUGUAUUAUCACCACAACAGGCACCAGCAUCACCAACACAACAACAACAACAACAACAAUUUAUUGUAUUAAUAAAUGAAGAAAAAUCAUCAUGGCAUGCCAAUCAAUCUGUAAUGGCUCAUAUAAGCGUUAUUUGCAGUAUCAUAAGCAAAUAUUAUCCUCGUCUUAUUGGAUUGGUACUAUUAUAUGAAGCCUCAUGGGAAGUACGACAUGGAAUCAAAGGGGCAUUCUCAGGAAAACUUUCUGAUACUAUGCGUACUGUACAAAUGGUUACUCAUGCUGAUAUUCAAAAGUAUGUGGAUCGAGCAGUAUUGCCCCAUGAAAUGGGUGGCCAAAACACAACAAUAGAAACUGCAGAUGCCUUUGCAGAUGCCGUUCUCCGUCAUUGGUAUCUUAAAACAAGUUAUUUACUACUAGAAGAUGCCAACACACGUCCUUUAUGGCAACUUCCUCCUUCUGUUUCUACCGUAAAUGAGUGGAAUGCACUACAUCGACGAAUUAUGGGAAAUACCAAUCCAUCUUUUCCUCCAUCACCUUCACCUAUUCCCGCAGCUCCUACUAGUCCCGCUGCUGCUGCUGCUGUUAGUAGUGGGAGAUGCAGUCCGGCAGCAGUCAUACCGUAUAUAAGCCGCGAUGCGAGUGGUGUGUUGGAUGUCGCUUCACUUGUCUCAUCUCGCCGUUCACACGCCUUUCGUGCGAGUAUUGAUGAUGAUGAUGGUUUCUGUUCUGCGAUAUCUGAACAAGAUGACUGUGGACGCACUGCCAGCAGUUGUAGAAUGACACCAAGAGAUAUUUGUUUGGAUAUGGAUCUUAAUGGUAAUACCGCGUCUCCAGUAGUGUUAUCGCGAGAACUGCAGAGAGAACGAGAACUUCGCAUGAAUGCCGAACAACAGCUUAGAAAACUCCGUCUAGGAGUUACGUUGGAUUUAGCCACCGCCACUGAACUAGAACGUACACUUGCCGUAAUGCAUGCGGAACUUAAUGUUUUGGUUGCAAAUAUCGCUGCACGAGCACGGGAGUCCGCCGCUGGUGGUUCACCACCCACAUUAGUACAACUACUAGACUUAACACUUUCUGCAUUGGAAGCCGCAGCGAAUAAGGCUGAACGUGUGCCAGCCAUGAAGUUUGCUGUGCCUGUGCGGCGAAAUGCUACUCGGAGCACCUUGUGUUGUGAUGUUAUGUAA